AUGGCUAGCAGGGAUGAAUUCAUUCUCACCCUGUCAUGUCCGGAUCGAGCCGGUAUCGUGCACGCUGUCACUGGGUUCCUGGCUCAAUACAACUUAAACAUCGUAGACUCCCAACAAUUCGGUGAUCCAACGUCCAAGAAGUUUUUCAUGCGGGUGCAUUUUGCACCCGUCGAUGUCGAGAACAAGAUAAAUCUCGAUGACUUACGGACCUCCUUUGAGGAAACGGCCCAGCAGAUGUCCAUGGACUUCGAGCUUUCCUCAACGGCACGGAAACCACGAGUCCUUAUCAUGGUCUCCAAAAUCGGACACUGCUUGAACGAUCUGUUGUUCAGGCAAUCCACUUCUCAACUCAAAAUCGACGUUCCUCUCAUCAUCUCCAACCAUCCCGAUUUUGCGCCUCUGGCAGCCACGUACAAAAUCCCCUUCCACCACAUGCCAGUCACUGCCGAGACGAAAGCGGAUCAAGAAAACAAGAUCCUCGAGUUGGUCAAGGAACAGAAGAUUGACUUGAUUGUGUUGGCUCGGUACAUGCAAGUUCUCUCGCCCGCUCUCUGCUCCGCCAUGUCCGGGAAGAUCAUCAACAUCCAUCACAGCUUCCUGCCUUCCUUCAAAGGAGCGAAGCCUUACCAUCAAGCAUACGAUCGUGGUGUGAAAAUCAUUGGAGCAACCGCCCAUUUCGUUACAAGUGAUCUGGACGAGGGUCCGAUUAUCGAGCAAAAUGUCGUCCGCGUGGAUCACGCGUUGAGCCCCAAGGAGCUGACGACUGAAGGGAGCAAUGUUGAGAGUAACGUGCUGGCGACAGCAGUAAAAUGGGUUACUGAAAGGCGAGUUUUGAUUAAUGGCGCGAAAACAAUUGUUUUUAAUUAG